UAAAGAAAUAGAAAAGCUUUUCGUCUCUAUGGUCCAUGCUUAUAAAAGGCUGUGCAAACUUGAAACAAUUCAACCAGGAAAACGAGUUCCAAAGUCGAUGAGAGAAAAGGAGAUGGUCAAUCUUCGCUUCCUUUAUUCACUUCUUGUAUUUCAGCUUCUACUUUUAAUGUAUGACCAAUGCAAUGCUGUGAAGGAUUUGAAAGAAACACAUUCCGCCGCUAGCUUUUAUGAAGAUUGUGAUCAAGCAGAGGAAAAGAGUAAUUCUUCUCCAUCGCCGUCUUACAUUAAACGCCUUGAAAGCAAGUACAAACCUGGUUACAUAAUGGAUGAAGAAGACGACAAGAGUUCUUCCUUGUCUUCUUACAUUUUACGCCUUCAGAGCAAAUACAAACCAGGUUAUGUAGUGGAUGGAGCAGAGGAAAAGAGUUCUUCCUCGUCUUCUUACAUUUCACGUCUUGAAAGCAAAUACAAGCCGGGUUAUGUAGUGGAUGAAGUAGAGGAAAAGAAUUCUUCUCCCUCAUCGCAUAUUGCACGCCUUGAGAGCAAAUACAAACCCGGUUAUGUAGUGGAUGGAGUAGAGAAAAAGAGUUCUUCCUCAUCUUCUUACAUUUCACGUCUUGAAAGCAAAUACAAGUCGGGUUAUGUAGUGGAUGAAGUAGAGGAAAAGAAUUCUUCUCCCUCAUCUCGUAUUGCACUCCUUGAGAGAAAAUACAAAGCCGGUUAUGUAGUGGAUGGAGCAGAGGAAAAGAGUUCUUCCUCAUCUUCUUAUAUUUCACGUCUUGAAAGCAAAUACAAGCCAAGUUACGUAGUGGAUGAAGUAGAGGAAAAGAAUUCUUCUCCCUCAUCUCGUAUUGCACGCCUUGAGAGCAAGUACAAACCCAGUUAUGUAGUGGAUGGAGCAGAGGAAAAGAGUUCUUCCUUAUCUUCUUACAUUUCACGUCUUGAAAGCAAAUACAAGCCAGGUUACGUAGUGGAUGAAGUAGAGGAAAAGAAUUCUUCUCCCUCAUCUCGUAUUGCACGCCUUGAGAGCAAGUACAAGCCAAGCUAUAGAGUGGAUGGAGCAGAGGAAAAGAGUUCUUCCUCAUCUUCUUACAUUUUACGUCUUGAAAGCAAAUACAAGCCGGGUUAUGGAGUGGAUGAGGUAAAGGAAGAGAAUUCUUCUCUCUCAUCUCGUAUUGCACGCCUUAAGAGCAAGCACAAGCCGGGUUAUGGAGUGGAUGGAGUAGAGGAAAAGAGUUCUUCCUCAUCUUCUUACAUUUCACAUCUUGAAAGCAAAUACAAGCCGGGUUAUGGAGUGGAUGAAGUAGAGGAAGAGAAUUCUUCUCCCUCAUCUCGUAUUGCACGCAUUGAGAGCAAGUACAAGCCGGGUUAUGGAGUGGAUGGAGCAGAGGAAAAGAGUUCUUCCUCAUCUUCUUACAUUUCGCGUCUUGAAAGCAAAUACAAGCCGGGUUAUGGAGUGGAUGAAGUAGAGGAAAAGAAUUCUUCUCCCUCAUCUCAUAUUGCACGCCUUGAGAGCAAGUACAAGCGGGGUUAUGGAGUGGAUAGAGCAGAGGAAAAGAGUUCUUCCUCAUCUUCUUACAUUUCACGUCUUGAAAGCAAAUACAAGCCGAGUUAUGGAGUGGAUGAAGUAGAGGAAAAGAAUUCUUCUCCCUCAUCUCGCAUUGCAAGCCUUGAGAGCAAGUACAAGCCGGGUUAUGGAGUGGAUGGAGCAGAGGAAAAGAGUUCUUCCUCAUCUUCUUACAUUUCACGUCUUGAAAGCAAAUACAAGCCGAGUUAUGGAGUGGAUGAAGUAGAGGAAAAGAAUUCUUCUCCCUCAUCUCGUAUUGCAAGCCUUGAGAGCAAGUACAAGCCGGGUUAUGGAGUGGAUGGAGCAGAGGAAAAGAGUUCUUCCUCAUCUUCUUACAUUUCACGUCUUGAAAGCAAAUACAAGCCGGGUUAUGGAGUGGAUGAAGUAGAGGAAAAGAAUUCUUCUCCCUCAUCUCGUAUUGCACGCCUUGAAAGCAAAUAUAAGCUGGGUUAUGGAGUUGACAAAGAUGAGUAUAUGCAAUCUCCGUCUAGGAUUGAUCAUCAUAACUUGGAAAAAAACAGAGAUGAUGACAUAGGAAGUGAAGAUGUAGGUGUCUUCACCAUAGAUGAUGUACAUGCUUUCAACGUAGGGAGGAAAUUGAGCACUUUCUUUUCCAUCAGGAACAACUCUCUUUAUCCUGGUUUCUUACCUAAAGAAUUAGCCGAUUCCAUCCCAUUUUCAUCAUCAGAAAUUCAAAAAAUUCUCCAGUUCUUUUCUAUUCCUGCAGCCUCACAGAAAGCCAAAGUCGUUAAAGAUACAAUUAGGAAAUGUGAACUCGAACCAGUCAAAGGGGAGACCAAAAUCUGUGCCACCUCUUUGGAAUCCAUGCUUGAAUUUGUGAGAAAUGCUUUGGGGCCCGAUGUUGAUUUUGAGUUAAUAAGCACUAGCCACCCUACGAUGACUACACCAAUAUUGCAGAGUUACACAAUUACAGAACCUCCUCGAGAGAUCAAAUCUCCAAAGAAAGUGGCAUGUCAUCCCCUCCCAUACCUUUACACGAUCUACAUGUGCCAUUAUGAUACCUAUGAGACCAAUAUUUUUAAAGUUGCACUCGUUGGUGACAAUGGCGAUAAAGUGGAUGCUCUCAUUGUUUGCCAUAUAGAUACCUCAGCUUGGAGCCCUAAACAUGUUGCGUUUAGCUUGCUCGGUACUAAGCCUGGUAUCCCUGUUUGCCAUACUUUUACUGAAGGUCAUGAUGUUUGGAUUCAGGCCUCCACUAUUGCAGCCAUUUAAGACGUAGCUUUACCUUGUUUAAUGGUGUUUGGAUUCAGGCCUCCACUAUUGUAGCCAUUUAAGACGUAGCUUUUGCCAUCACAUUCACAACUCAAAUCACCAUUGUGUCUCUCUAGUAUAUAAUAAAUGUUUCCAAUGUAAUAAAUUGAAGGAUGUGAGGCUUUUUCUGCUUUUAAGUUUCAAGUGACUCAAUCACCAUUGUGUCUGUAGUAGAUAAUAACUGUUUCCAAUGUAAGAAAUUGAAGGAUGUGAAGCUAGAAGCUUUUUCAAGUGACUCAAA